AUGUUAACAAAGAUUACUCAAUUUGGAAUGCUUGUGGUAACACAGGCUUUUAUUGGACACACUGGAAAACUAGAACUUGCAGCUUAUUCAAUCAUGCAAAUCAUCGUUGUGCGAUUAGGACAAGGAACUCUGACAGGGAUGUCAAAGUGCAACAGAGACUGUGGGCAAGCAUUUCAAGCAAAGCAAUGCCACAUGAUGGCAACAGUCCUGCUUCUUGUGUUUAUCUUCUCGUCACGAAUCUUCAAGCUACUAGGACAGAAAGAAGAUAAAGCUAACAAAGCUGGGGAGAUGUCGCUAUGGUUCAUUCCAUAUCUAUAUUUUUUGGCAUUUAACCAGGCCAUCAGUAAGUUCUCACUAACUCAGCUAAAAAACAUGAUUGCUGGGUGGCUUUCUGCUAUUUCAUUUGCGCUUCAUUUCCUACUGUCAUGGAUCUUUGUGGUUAAACUAAACCUGGGGAUUCAUGGUGCAAUGUGUUCGAUUAUUGUAUUGAGUUGGUUAAUUGUGAUUGGAGACUUAGUGUAUGUACUUGGUAGCUGUUGCCCUGAAACAUGGAAAGGUUUCAAUGUUGCUGUCUUCUCUGAUUUAUUAUCCAUGUUAAAGCCUUCAUUAUCCUCAGGUGUGAUGCUUUGGUGA